AUCCUACUACACUACAUACCAGAUCUCGCUCGCUCCAACUUCCGAGCCAUCAUGAAGCCGGCGCAUCAACUGCUGCUCGCCGCCUGCGCGGUGGUCCUGCUGCUGUGCGCGGCGGCGCCGGGGAUCGCCGACGCGGCGACGUGCGACGCGACGCAGCUGACCCCGUGCGCGGGCGCCAUCAUCGGGAACGCGCCGCCCACCGCGGCGUGCUGCAGCAGGAUGAAGGAGCAGCAGCCGUGCCUGUGCACGUACGCGCGCGACCCCAACCUGCAGCGCUACGUCAACUCGCCCAACGGCAAGAAGGCCAUGGCCGCGUGCAGGGUGCCCGUGCCCUCCUGCUAAUUAAAUCCUUCGAUUCGCGUCAGCACCGCGAGCGUACGGCCGGCCGGCCUCGCUCUAUGCGCUAGCGUGUUCCCGUGUAUGCGUGUUGAUCUCCGUGGUGCUGUGCUGGUCUCUGCUUCCUGCAUCUGCCGAGCUCUUCGGGCUCGCGUGUAUGAAUAAAGGAUGUAAUAAUUACGUACGCUAUAUGUGUAAUGUGUGUUCGUGGGCUCGUGGCUUUUCUCAUUAAGAUCAGCAAAUGAUGGUGACAAAACUAGUGCCAACAGUGAUAGCUAAAAGUGUGAGGUAAAAGUAGCAACAGCAGUCAGCAAGUCUGGAAUGAUGUCCAAGGCAUGCCAAUACAAUACUGUUUAUCACUA